AUGAGACGCAUUAAGCGUCUUUCUGAUAACGUUGUCAACCGUAUUGCUGCUGGAGAGGUGGUGCAGAGGCCGAGUGCGGCGCUGAAGGAACUGCUGGAAAACGCUCUAGACGCCGGAAGCACGUUCAUCCAGGUUUUAGUGCGUGAUGGUGGGCUGGGGCUGUUGCAGGUGACGGACGAUGGCCACGGCAUUCAUCGCGAUGACCUGCCGUUGUUGUGUGAGCGUUACGCCACCAGUAAACUGAGGUCCUUUGAGGAUUUGAGCCGCAUCACGUCCUUUGGGUUUCGUGGCGAGGCGCUAAGCUCCAUCUCUUAUGUCUCCAGGGUGACGGUGACGACAAUGCGUCGAGUUGACAAGGAUGAAGCAUCAUCUGGAACGCUUGCGUGGCGCUGCCAGUACUUGGACGGGGCGAUGCAGGGCGAGCCAACGCCGUGCGCUGGGAACCCCGGCACAAGCAUCCGCGUUGAGAAGAUGUUUUACAAUUCAGCCGUGCGUCGUCGGGCGCUUAACCGCCCUUCAGAGGAGUACAGCCGCAUUGUGGCGUUGAUCUCACGAUACGCCUUGGCUUUUCCGCAUGUCGGGUUCUCGUGUCGCCGGGAAGAGGGAACCGGGGGGAAGGCGGAGAUUUUUUUUCCGAAAGACUCCAGCUCUCUGGCAAAUAUUCGUCUUUUUCAUGGCCCAGCGAUUGCCUCGCACUUAAAUGAGCUGAAAUGCGUCGAAGCUGGCGCGGGCAGCGGCUCUCCGGAGACUGUUUUGGCGAAAAGAGGGGAAGCAGGAGAGGACUGUUUUCUUAUCACCGGUUACACCAGUGGCAUGGCGCUUCUUAACCGCAACCCGUACCUUUGCAUAUUUGUUAACAACCGGCUGGUGGAGAGUGCUGUCAUCAAGAGAGCAAUAGACACCGUUUACAGCGGCAUCCUGACGGGUGGCAACCGUCCUUUCACAGUGCUUUUCAUCACCAUACCCCCUGACCGCGUAGAUGUGAACAUUCAUCCCACGAAGCAUGAGGUCUGCCUGCUUGAUGAAGAAAUCAUUGUUGCACAGUUGUCGGAAAGUGUCCGUCUUGCCGUGAUGGAAUCUGCUGCCCGUCGUCAACUGGACACACGGCACGUUCUCUCCAAGGCGGCUGCAUUGGCAGGUGACAGGGGAGCGCAUGUGUCGCAGCCUUCACCGUUACCGUCAUCGAUCGUUGUUGCUGGAGUAGCAGCAGCGCCUUGUACCGUCGUGCGCGUGGAACCGCAGCGUGGAGCACUUGAUGCAUAUUGCCGACGUAUGCCGAUUUCGAAAAAAGAGGAGGCGGGCGAGGUAUCAUCGGAAGAUGCCGUCGACAAGCAGCGGUUCGAGAACUGCAGCCACCCAGAUCCCUUGACUGCGGUGAAAUCGGGAGAAACAAUAAUUCAAGAGGAACAACAUGCUGCGGGAACGUCAAUUGUCUGCACGGCAUCCAAUGAAGACGUUACUGCAUCCCUCAUCACAUCAAUUAUGAAAUUCGGUUCCACGGAUGCUGCUGACAGAGACGAGGGCGAGGCUAAAAAGAGGCUAAAGGAAGAAGAGAGAGAGGAAGGGGAAGAAGAGAAGGAGGACUUGGGUUACGUUAUGCAGCAAUUCAAACGUCAGCGGAAAGAGAUCCAGCGGGCGGCUGGCAUUGUGACGACGGCAGAAGCAGCCGAGGAUGAAAAAGUGGGUGCGGGGGUUGUGUACGCAUCAGCCGCAUCGUCUGCAUGCGAAAGUGCGGUAGAGCCGGUGCCUGAUGAACGUGGGGAUUUGCUUCUUACGAGUGUUUCAACGAUUGUUUCACAAAUUCGUCAGGCCACUUCUCCCACUGUCCAGUCGCUUUUUGAGAAACUGGUGUAUGUGGGCGUGAUAAACGGCCACAUUUUUUUGGCGCAAUCUGGAACAACACUCUAUGCCGUAGACACGCUGCGCCUGGUUCGGCUUGUGGUGUACCAACGUAUCUUCAUGCGGUGGUCGAUAGCGUCGCUACCAGCACCACCUCAAAUGCUGCUGCAGGAGCCUGUGAGGGUGACUGACCUUUUGUAUUUUGCCCUCCAGCACGAUGUUCCUCCCAAAACGGACGUUUCUUUGGCCGAGAGCACACAACGCACCGUCCGCCGAAUGGAUAGAUGCCUCCGCCAGUGGCGGUGCAUGUUACUGGAGUACUUUUCCAUUGAGAUCACGCAUGACGGUUACCUCUUGGCGCUACCGUUUGGGCUGAAUUCCUCUUGGCCGCCCUCACCGCGUGUUGUGCCGCUUUUUAUUUGGCGACUGGCAGCAGAGGUUCCGUACAGGGAGGAUGAAGUGGCCUGCUUCACUGCCAUUGCUCGUCACAUUGCCGACACAUUGUACGGCCUGCGCCUGCACGACGCAUGGGUGGAGCCGCGUGUGUCCCCGUCGCCGGGUGUAGAGCCUCCGGGGGACGGCAGGGGGGAGGAGGGCGGCAGUGUGCCGUCUCUUUUUGACGCCAUUCGUUUUGCGCUUUUGCCGUGUGCGACAAGCUCGAAGUUGUUUGUUCCGCCAGCGGAUGCACUGAUUGAUGGAACGAUCCAGACAGUCGUGUCGGUGGAGGAGCUCUACAAGGUUUUCGAGCGCUGUUAG